AUGCAUCCACAAACUUCCGAAGCUCUCCGACUGGAGGCAGCUUUUGACAGUUUACGGAUAAACAAAAUUGACGAUCCAUUCAUUAUCGGCGUCGACCAUAACCUAAGUCCUUAUUUCAAAGCAAGGAGUUUAUUUUGUCUCUUUUCUAGGCUACCACCGGAGCUUAAGCUUAUGAUAUGGGCUGCGGCUGCCAAUGGCCGACAGAUUGUUCGCAUCAAGCCCCGCGCGAGAGACGGAACAGAAGGUGAAGGAUUUCGAGCCGAUUACACCAUGCCAGUAGUGCUGCACGUUUGUCGGGACUCUAGACGCGAAGCUCUCAAGAGAUAUACAGUCAUAUUUAGGGGAAUCCUUCGAAAUCCUAUCUACUUCAAUUAUCAGCAAAACUACAUAGGCCUUGUUGGUAGUAGCACAUGUGAGCAUUUUGAGAUUCGGUCGGGAGAAGAUAACGCUAUUUGUAAGGAGAUCCAAAAAAUUGAGAAUGUACUUGCAAUGGUUACUGGCUUAGGAAGCGGUGAGAGUGAAGAAGAUGUAUUGGUUUGCAUGUUGAGUAUUUGGGAUGGCGUCAAGCGUCUGAUCAUCGCGGAGAGUUCACCAACUUGGUGGGGUACAUUUAAAGAAAUAUGGUCCGACAAGGAGGUAAAGAAGCUGUGUAAAGACGCCAAAGCUAACGACAUCAGAGAACGGGUUGCCACGCCAGAUAUUCCUCAGGUCCGGAUAGUCAAGUUUGAUGAUAUCUUAAGUGCUGUUGUAAAGGAAGAGAAACAAUCCAUGGAUGGAACAACCGCGAUGCUUUAUUUCUUCGACUCUCUGUUUGAGGCAAGCUCUACAUACAAUAUCAAGAGACAGUCGAAGAAGGCCUGA